AUGGGUUUCUCCGAGAUGGUACAAUGGUGGGACGAAUGGCAGCUCCGUGUGCUCGUCCUGGGAAGCCUCUUCCUCCAGUACUUCAUCUUCGUCGAAGCUGGCAUGCGCAAGCGUUGCAUCCCGUCCUGGUUCAGGUUCUUCAUCUGGCUCGCCUACCUGGGCAGCGGCGCAUUGGCCAUCUACGCCCUUGCCACCCUCUUCAACAGCCAUGGGAAGCAGGAGUGGACGUCCACACGACGCGGCAGCUCCAGCCUGGAGGCGCUGUGGGCGCCGGUGUUUCUGGUGCACCUCGGUGGGCAGGACGGCGUCACUGCCUACAACAUAGAGGACAACGAGCUGUGGAGGCGGCACGUCCUCACCGCGGUGUCUCAGGUCGCCGUAGCCAUCUACGUCUUUUGCAAAUCAUGGCCAGGGGACAAGAAACUAUUGCAAACUGCAAUUCUGUUCUUCGUCUGCGGCAUAAUAAGGUGUUUGGAUAAGCCAUGGGCUCUCAAGAGCGCCAGCAUCAACAGCAUCGUCAGCAGCUCCAGCACAGACGAAGAUCAUGGCAGCACCAUUUCGCUCGACGAAUACGUUGACAAAGCAACCAAGUGUGUUUUACACCCAAAACACUGGAAGAAAACAAGUAAAUCUGGCGUCAACAAAGCCAUCAAAGAGCCCUACCAUCUAUUCGAAGACCUGGCAUACCCAUACAGCGUCCGGCUGGAGAACCUCAAGUACAUGCGGAACAAGAAAGACGAAGCGCAUGGGCUGGUUCAGUCGGGUCUCUCCAAAACGUUCGACCGGCUCUACACCAAGAAACAAGAGUACAAUGUGAAAAAGAUAUGGAGCGAUUUUGUUACUGAUCUGUCUAAUAAUCGCUUUUUCCGCUUCCAUCUAGGUGGCCUCCUACGAUCUGUGACCGUGUACCUAUCGUUCACGGCCAUCGGGGUCUUCCACAAUAGCGACAGAGCAGCCCAGAACAGCACCGAUGUCAGGGUCACCUGCACUAUGUUGUGCUGCACUGCUGCGCUGCAGCUCCUCAUGACCAAUGGGCUAGUGAUACUGUUUCUCCAUUGGUGCGUGCGUGGUUUGGGGUUACAACCAUGGCCUGAACAGGUCGCACAGUACAGCCUUGUUGGGUACUUGGCCCGCAACAGGAGGCACCCUAGGUUGAGGAAGCUUGCCACCAUGCUGGUUUGCAAGGACUACCUCGACAAGCUAUGGUGCAUGGAGUCAUGCAAUUCAUCGUCAUCCCGCGCCAUCACCAAGCUCGUCCAUGCCCAUGUCAAACAAGGGUGGAGACGCUACAUCAAGGACACCGCCACUUACAGGGCCUUCAACGACAAGCGGGGCCAGGGCACUCUCCUCCGUGAGAAAUGCACGCACCUGGAGUGGAGCCUCAGGAGGCCAUUUGAUGAGAGUGUCCUCCUGUGGCACCUCGCCACCGACCUGUGCUUGUACCACAGGGGCGCUGUAGUCAAGGGGGAAGACACGUCUCCUCACCGUCGCUGCAGCAGGGAGAUCUCCAACUACAUGAUGUACCUCAUGUUCGUGAACCCGGAGAUGCUCAUGACCGGCACCAAGAGCAGUCUGUUCCACACAACCUGCCACGAGCUCAAGCAAAUGCUCGAUAAUGAAGAUGACAAGACCCCACUGGAAGACAGAGAGAUGAUAAAGAGGUUAAUCAACCAGGCGCAGAAUGGCACAAAAUGUCCAGGUAUCGUUCUCGAGGCUUGGGAACUCACCAGGUCCCUCGUGGGUCUGGGAGACAAGAAGAUGUGGAGGGUGAUCCAGGGCGUGUGGGUGGAGAUGCUCUGCUUCUCUGCCGGCAGGUGCAGAGGGUACUUGCACGCCAAGAACCUAGGAAAGGGCGGGGAGUACCUCUCCUACGUCUGGCUGCUCCUAUCACACAUGGGGAUGGAGACCCUCGCGGAGAGGGUGCAGAGGACAGAGCUGCCAGAGGAAGGAGACAGGGGUGCGUCUGCGCUGGUACCGGCUUCCAUGGCGAUGCCCAUUGGGGACAAUAGUGUGUGA